CGAAAUACUUCAAUUUUCGAAUUGGUUCAGAGAAGGAAAGUUCGAAGAUAUUUUUUCUGCAUAAAAUAAAUUUGAGAUAUUUAUUGCACAUACUAGUUCGUUUGUGACCACCUAUAACUGUCCUUGUGUGUUUUGUGUCGGCAAGUUCACAAUGUCUGCUUGUGUUAACCGUGUUUUUGUGGAUUCUCCACUGAGUUCUAAAGUAGCCCUCUUCAAUGCCGUGGCCAACAAACAUAUGCAGAAUCAAGCCAUCAACCCAUUCUCGCAAAAUAACGUUGUGGGAUCAAAACCAAAAAUAUCCAAAGAAGACUACGGCAAGCCUCCGAAAGGAUCUCUAUCGGAAUCCAGAGCUUACAAGGCUACGAUUGCAGUAUGUAAGGAAAUGUUGGAACUGUGUGAAGUGAUCAAUGAGAAUGGUGAGCAUUUAUUCACUCCAGAAGAAAAACCAGAUGAUCCAAGGAAAGUGAUCAGUUUUGGAGAAUUAUUUUCGAUAUACACAGUUAUCUCGGAUAAAGUAGUAGGCUUACUUUUGAGGGCAAGAAAACACAAACUAGUAGAUUUUGAAGGGGAAUGCUUAUUUCAAAGGAGGGACGACCAUAUUCCAAUCAUUUUGUUAAAACCCAUAAAUGAAAUUAGGGAGAUUUUCAAAGAGAAGAUAGAUGCAGCCAAACAAGCCUUAAGAGAAAAUGAGGAGCUACAGGAUCAGCUCUUGUAAAUUUAGAGAAAUCAGAAACACUUACUGGAAAACUACCAUUCGUGUUUUUCCAUAUAAGUCACUUCGUAGGUAAAAUAAGUGAGUCGAAAAAUACAUGGUGAUAACCUGAUAACGAAGAUAGUUACUAUAGUAUAGAGAUUGAUUUUGGUAUCAUCAACAUUUUUCGGUUCAUUCUUUCAUUAAUUCGUGAUAUAUUGUAAAAUUUCCUCUAGGUAAAGAAUUUUAUAUUAGUAUUUAGUUUUAGUAGGGAACUCAGAUUUUACAUUUGUACAUUUAUUUUUCAUUUUUCAUGUCGAAAUUCAUUCAUCGUUCAUUUCAGCUUAUAUUCAUUAUUUUUUGGCAUCCGAGUAUAAAACAAGGUCCAUAGAGGUCAAUAAUGAACAAUUAUUUUCGGGGUUUAUUUGAACUACUGUAGAUAACUAACCUCUUUUAAUUAUAGUCACUUCAAAAAAUUCAUAAUCCUGGAUUUACUGUUAGUAAAAUUUUGAAGAAAAAUUUCUUUGCUCUCAUCCUAACAGAAUAUACAUUCCAUUUCAUCGAUCUUUAGCAAACUGGUUUCAUAAGAAAAGAAAAAUUAUUUCAGAGUUCACCAAAAUUUUUAACACUAAAUAAAUUAUCGACCGGAUACUCACUCAACUACUUUGACGAUAAAUAUUCACACAGAAAACAUCAAUCGACUUUUCCUGAAUUCCACUUCAUCUGUUCAUUUGAUUUGAAAAAUGCUAUAGAAAAAUAUUCAUUAUGUUGACAAUAUUCUUUUCAAGAUUUUCCAGAUAGAGAAAUUGUAAUAAAAACCAUGAAUUUUGUUCACGCCACUUGAUGACCAUUUAAUCUUGAAUGGUUUGUUUACUCAUGAAAAAGGUCAUUGAAUCUCUAAUAAUACUUGUGAUAAAAUUUAAUUUUAUUAUAUUCCUGUUAGCUGCUAAGUGAAGUUUGUAAAGAUUUGUUGAGAUGAAUAAAAUACAAUUACUUUUUCAA